AUGGAUCAUCUUGAUGCGCCAUCAAUCACAAAUGGUGAUGAAAUAAAAAUCGCCUACGUCUGCCUCGAGCCUUACGACAAUGGACCGUUCAUGGAAUAUCCCCUUCGCCGCGGGUAUGACCCAGCUGACGCGAGCGAGUGUGAUUUCCAUCGCAGCGACCCGGAUUAUGGAAAGGUGUGGGAUGACGUUCCCAUUGUCCAAUCUUUUCUCCAAUCCUGGCUCUUCUUUGGCCUUCUUUGGGAAGUACAUCAAAUGGCGGAAGUGCACUUUGACCAAAGCGAUUUCAUCUCCCAACGACUGUUACUUUGGCAGAAAAAAUUCCUAGACCUUUCCUUGGAGGACAUGGAGCAACGCAUUCGGCAGUUUGACGCUUGCUUGCAGAUGGCUUACAAGGUCUGCUAUCAGCUUGGGCAACGCCGUCAGACAUUCAUUGACGAGCACUUGCUUCUGUCUUUCAUGUCGCUCGGUAAUUCUCUCGAAAACGCAAUGUCACGCAUAUUCUGGGACUGUCGUGGGAAGCAUCUGGGCGAUAACCAAAAUAACGAGCUGCCGGCAUGGAUACCAACGCAUCGGGCCUGGGAUGCCCCUGAGGUUCUAUUUCAGAACAUGGCGCAUCGAGGAUGGUGCCCGCUGGAGCUCACCAUGUUGCGAGAGAAUCUACAGACCAAUGAGAUAAUCUACGCAAGCCAGAUGCCGAGGGUUGGCGAUCGGCUGAGACAUCAGCUAUGCCGGGCGGAUGCUUGCACGGCAAACAACAUCGACCAGGAGACGUACCGAACGAAACACACGUCCGAGUGCUCAGGAUGCAAGGACGUUGUCCUAGACUACGACACCAUCUGCUCCACAAUCAAAGCAGGCCGCACGCCUCUCAUCGUCUCGGUUCAGACGGACGAAGGCAUGAAGUUCGCAAUGACGUCCGAUGAGGCCCUUCCGAACGCCCAGAACCCUCGAACGGGAAAGCUACCAUACGUGUGCAUCAGCCACGUCUGGUCACACGGCCUGGGCAACGUCCACCGCAACUCCCUGCCACAAUGCCAACUCGAAAUGCUGCACAAAGUCACCGCCCCCGUCCUCACUGACGGCGGGCUGCCCUUCAGCGUCUUCUGGAUCGACACCAUCUGCGUCCCCGUCGACCCCAAAGACAAUUCGCUCCGGCACCUCACCAUCGCAAACAUGGCGUCCAUCUACCAGAACGCGCUCUGCGUCGUCGUCCUCGACGAGUCCCUCAUGCGCACCGCCAUCCACGCGGCCAACCCGUCGUCCAAAGCGCCGCCGACCUUCAAGCUCGACGACCUGAUCGACCAGCGCGAGCUGACGAUCCGCGUCAUCUUCUCGGACUGGUGGCGGCGGCUGUGGACGCUGCAGGAGGGCGUGCUGUGCGCGAGCUUCUUCGUCGUCUUCGCCGAGGGCCCCGUGCAGUUCCAGCGCGCCGUCGUGGCGCGCGCGGGCGAUCACGCCCGCAACCUCGCCCACGCGUCCAGCCCCGUCGUCGAGAACAUGCUGCUGAACCUCGUCGCCAGGGCGCAUGUGCCGGGUAGCGCGGAGUUCCGCCGGCAGGUCUUGACGCUGCUGUGCCACCGGUCGACCAGCAGGGCGGCGGACGAGCCUGUUUGCUUGGCGACGCUGCUUGGCGUUGAUGCGGGUGAGAUCCUGAGGAUUCCGGGGACGCAGCGUUCGCGCAGGAUGAAGCGGUUGUGGGAGCUUCUCGGGAAGGUUCCUGCGCCGAUUGCGUUUCUCCCGGGUCCGAAGCUUGAGGUGGACGGUUUUCGCUGGGCGCCCCAAACGCUGAUUUCCAACCAAGGACCCGGGAUGUUGUUUUCGAUGGUGUCUGUGUGGGACGAGGGCGAAGGUAUCGUCACGUCGGAAGGGCUGCAGCUGAGAGCCACUGGCUACCGCCUGGCAUCUCUGGGCGUGAGCUUGAAGAGUAACUUCUAUAUACUUCCAGGCGAUCCCGGACAGCUCUACGACGAUGACGAAGUUCUGCGCAUCUUCGACGGCACCGCCGCGCCUGAGCGAGCCGUUACCGCGAUCGUCAAAGGGCUAAGGGGGGAGACCAAGGCUUUCGAGGCCGUGGCCGAGGAGGACCUGGUGGAGCCGGUCCUCAUCAUGGCGAAUAACCGCAGACUCGAUAUUCACCAGACUCAUGCCAUACUUGCCACAAACCCGGUGUUGAAGGAUGGGAGCGUGGCAAUGGGACAAUUCGGGCGAGGCUGA